AAGCACAAAUUCUUUCAAAAUCAUCCCGAAUAAGUUCGAGCAGCUCUAAGAACUCAAAGAUGUCCGACCAGUUCAGCUUCGCGGAUAACUUCAACAGCCGCACCCUGCGCGGGCGUGCCAAUGUUUCGAAGGUCACGCUGGCCGGUCUGGGUAUCGCCUAUGUGGCGCUGAAGAUACGACAGGCCUGGGUCCAGCGGCGCGAGACCAAGCUCUACUGCAAGGAGUGCCAGAAGCUCUUGCUGCGUCACUAAAAAUCAUGGAGGAGGCGAAGGAGACAAAGGAGGACUGGGGGCAGUGGGCUUGAGUUGGUCAGAUGUUGCCGUCUCUUUGAUUCGUAAUCUCUGAUGGCUAUGUAUGGCCAGAUCCAGACCAUUGGCCUCUGUAUCCUGUUGCCAAAUUGCGUUAACUUUUCUGAUUUAAUAAAUUCCCGUUGCCAUCUGGUUCUCAU